AUGAAGAAGAGUGCGAUAUUGAAAUUGAAAGCCAUAUUUGGGUCAAAGAAGGGCAAACGGCACCAAGAGCACAAUUCAACAAAGUCUUCACGAGCAGCAUCUCCGACACCGUCAGAUGGACCCAACACAGAGUUCCGGCCGCUGCAGCGGACGCCACCGCCGAGUCGCCUCGGCCCUCCGCCGUCACCUCCCGUUCCAACUAAGCCUGUGGCCCCCGUAGACCCAGAACCCUCGGGGCCCUUACCUCUCACACCGUGCCCCGUCUGCGGAAGAACCUUCGUCCCUCAAUCUCUGUCAAAACAUGUGAAGAUCUGCGAAAAGAUGACCGUGAAGAAGAGGAAAACAUUCGACUCUUCAAGGCAGAGACGUGAAGGCACGGACUUAGAACAAUACUUGCCAAAGAAUUUCGGUCUUCCAGAAAACAGCCCGUUCUUGGAGAAGAGCCCGCCCAACACUGCCAAAGCGACGCCCAAGCCCAAGCUGCAGUCUGUGCGCACAGCCAUGAUGAAGCCCACUGCUGACCUACAAAAGUGUCCACAUUGCGGACGUGCCUUUGGCGUGCGUGCAUUCGAGAGGCACGUCGAGUGGUGCGCUGACAAAGCCAAGAUCCUGCCAGCUGCGCCCGCGCAACCACCGCCACACAUUGCUGAUGCUAAACAGAGGCUGAACGCGCGAACACAGUAUAAGGCACCGCCUGUUAGGACCCGACGUACAUCCCAAACUCGUGAGAAGUCUUCAAGAUCGGCGUCAGUGGAAUCAACGCGUGGUAUUUCUCCUCCAAGAGAGUAUGGCGAUUACAAACACCCUAGGUCUAGAGCGUCAGAAUCCGGAUCCAGCAACGAUUAUCACGAGGAGAGCUCUCCGCAUAUUCCUGUCAUAAGAAACUCGCGUAGUUCUCAGAACAAGUCGUCAGGGGACGCAAAUAUUAAAGCACGGCAAGCCAGACUCGCUAGAGAUUUGAGCAGCACCAGUCGUACUCCUAUCUCCUUGUUUGUUGUUAUAGUUCAGAUUACUGAAUUCCUUCCUUUCCCCCUCUAUAGAGAUUAUCAAGAACCUACCAUACCCCAUCUGCAACAAUGCACUACUGAUCCCGAUAUUAAUAAAAAAGAUGUAGAAAAGAAACCUAAACAAAGGUUGAACGUUAAGAAAAAGCAACAACUAAAAAAACUUGAAAAAAUUGCUGAAAAACACAAAGAAAGAAGCGAAAAAAUAAUAGCUGACCAAAAAGCUAACAUAGAAAAAGUAGGAUCGUCAAAGAGCCAUAUACCAAUAAGGAAUAAACAGACCGCCCAGAGCGCAACAAGAGUUCGCGAAAGACCAAUGAUGCAAAAUAACAUAGAUGAGCAAUCCCUUACUUUUCUAAGGCAUGAAAAGUCAAAUGAAACAAAGAAAAAUUCUAGUACUGUGAUUAAUGUAAAGAAAAAACAAACCAUAGCUGUAGCAGAAAAAGUAAAAAAGUUUAAAGAAAGUACAAUGAGUUUAGAUAGUCUCGAUGAAUGUUCGCCAUCUAAUAGAGAUCAAAAAAGUCAAUCCAUAGGUAUAAAUACUGAACUGUUAUGCCCAUGUGUACCGUGUGUAAUACACGAUACGUCUCCGAAAGCAAAAACUAAGAAAAAAAAGCAUUUAAAGAGUGAAAUUCAAGUAGAUAUAGCAGAUAACGUUGUACAUAACAAUAUAACUGAAGCAUCGUCAAGUGUCGAGUUACUUUAUAAAAAUUUAACUAUGGUCAGCUCUUGUGACAUAAGUAAAGAGUUGCGAGACGACGGUGAUAUUGAAGAUAGCUUAGAGCCCUCUGAAUUAUCAUCGUACAAUUCUCCCAGUGAAGCAAAUGAAUUUAAGGACGAAAAAACAACUUUAACACCAGGUAACCAAGUAAAAAACAAAAAUGUUAAGCCAAUAGAAAUUAAAGAACUAUUUCAAGAUUUGCCUCAAGCAGAAACGCCGUUUGAAAAUUGUGACUUAUCGGGUGAAAUUUUAGAAGAAAAUUAUGAGCGGGAUCUCAGCGAAGACAGCUUUGAUUGUGAUAAAGGUAUGGAACCUAAAGAGAAUGAAAGUGAUAUUAACUUAAUAAGUCGCCACGGCAGUGGCGAUACGUAUACAAAAUUCAUCGACAAUCCAGCGGAUUUGGAAGAAUUUCUCACAAUAACCAAUGACAUGAUUAAUAAGAAAAAAGAAGUCCAAGAAUUAUCAGAGAAGGACAUAGAAGGUCUUCACACACCUAAAACUAAUUCCAUAGAAUUGUUAUGUAAAAAUAACGAAAAUAUCGACACGAAGUCAACAAAGCAUAGUUUUUCGGAUACAAUUGAAGAGUUAAAAAAUAAUUUUAAAGAUUUAAUCCAAGCGCAAGAUCAUUCUGAAAAUAUCGAAGAAAAUAGGAGAAUUUCCGAUUUGGAACAUAUAACAAUCUAUGAAUUAAAAUUUUACGAACAAAAUUCUAAACCGCAAGAGAUAAAUUUACAUUACGUUCAAAAAGAUAUCAAACGACAAGACUCUAUAGAAGAAACUUGUAGUGACGAAACAACAUUCAGGCUUCCAGUCAUAACAGAAAAUAAUAAAAUGCCUCAGAAAAGCCUCCAAGGUAAAAAUAAAAUAUCCGAUAUUUUUAAAGAGGCUCGAGGAAGUAAAAUGCAGAAGCGAACGGACAAAGACUAUCAAACGUACAUAAUCAAAGGAAAUAGGGAAGAAAGUGGCGAUGAAGCCCCCCCAUUAAAGUUGCCACGAAUCGAAUUAAAAAGGAUUGAUGAUAAUUAUGACCCGUUUGCGUGCGCUGCUAGGCAGAUGAAAGAACUUAUGUCUUCGGACACCAAUAUUCCCAAAAAGUUUCAAAAUUCCGCCAAAGAUUCCAACACAACACUUCCUACAUUAAAAACUCCGUCUAAGACCCCUAACAAUAUCCGCCCUGAAAACACCAAGUCCAUGAAAGAUUCUAUAAAUAAAACUUACCAAAAAACACCCACGUUAAAUAGAAUGAAGUCUUUUGGAAGUACAAAUAAUGAAAGCAACAAAACGAACACCUUCGGUGGCCGAUGCAGUUCGUUUAGAUUAAAUAGAAAUGAGAAAAGACCCAAUCUUAACACCACAUUCACCAAAUGUAGUAAAGAAAAUGUAAACACUGUUGAAAAGCCAUACUUCCAACGUAACAGUAGUUUAAAUAGAUCAUUUUCAAGCUACAAUAAUUCCGUUUAUAGUACUCCCAAAUUAAAAAAUAAAAUACCAAAAUUGUCAACUUCAAUGCAUCAUGCUUUCCAAAGAAAUACAAAUAGUAAACCCAUUAAACUAGAGAAAAUAAACAAAGACGAGGAAAAGAACGACUUAGUAAAUCUUGACUCUAUUUUGUCAUGUGAUAAUUCAUCUAUGACAGACAGUAAUUAUAUCGACCCUAGGCUAAUCAAUGAAAAUGACAACUUACCAAUUAACGUAAACACUAUUCUAAAUAAUCCUGACAUCAUAAGUAGUUUAGAGUCCUUACUUACAACUGAGAAUCUGCCUGCUAAGUUUGAAUCAUUUAGUGCAGUCCAUAAAAAUAACAACAAUGCUAAUUUAACUAGUGUGGAAAAUAGGAAAAAUGAAAAGAACAAUAAUUUUUACAGUAGUAAUCCCACAACUCCGAUCAUUAGCGACUUAGGUGCUCAAUACGAUAAGCUUAUGUCGUCUCUAGAACACAGUAUUGCAUCUAGGACGUCCGGCAGGGAUGACGAUUCUCUUUGCGAAGAUUUCGAUCUUGAGGAAUUUAUGACCUCGUUUGACGAUGAAGUAAAUAAACAAAAAUCUGAAAGGCGCACGUGUAGUUCUACAACUAGAAUCAUUAAACAAUCAGAAUUAUCAGACGACGUCUUCGAGGCGAAAGUUGAUUCGCCAAAAAUUUUAAAAAGUAGUAGCAACGGUAUGAUUCCAGUUAAUAAAUCCAUGUCACUUGUUUUUAGCAGCAACAAUAUUGUGGGUGAUAAACUAUUCCCUUCCUCCGUGAAACGUUCCACUUCCCUCCUUGACUCCAUCCAAAAGAAACCUACGAAAGUGGACGCGAAAAGUCGCCACAAGACCGACCAAUUAGAAGAAGACAUAAUGCAAUCCUUGAAAGAAUUCGACAAAUUCUAUGAAUCUCAAAAAAACGAGAAGAACCAGACGAGUAAAGAUCUCUCACAUAUGAACAAACAUAAUAUGUAUACCGAUACCGUGAAAAGGAGCAGUCGAAAGAAAUGCGAAAAGAAGGGUAAUAAAUGUGAUAACAUAACUAAUGGAAAUCACACACCCGGUGGGAAGAUUAGCAACGAUUCGGCGUAUAGCAGCCUAAACCGAGUGUCACCGUCGAAGCUAUCACUAUGUAAUGUAAAGGAAAACGAUUCCGUUCUGUUAGAACAAAUCCCCGGCGGUUCUGACACCAGCGAAAGUCACAAAGAAGACAGGCGGUCACUAUCCAGCGAGGAAUUCCUAGCAAUGGAGAGAUCGGCAGAAUUAGAGGAGACUUUGACAAGAUCUGAUAUGCAUUCGUCGUACAAUAAUGUAGGAAACAUUGUUAAUGACAAACGUACAAGUUCUCGCGCGUCUACGCAUCGGAAUCCAUCGCAUCGGCCAAAAGGGUCGCUAAGUUCGAGUGGAUCCGAAGCGUCCCUCCACCAGGGCCGGAGGGACACUCUUCCCUGUGCCCCACGCCUUUCCCGCUUCUGUCAUGAAUGUGGAAGUAAGUUUCCAGUGGACACAGCCAAAUUUUGCAUCGAGUGUGGGGUCAAGCGACUCGCAGUGUGA